GCCAAGUGUUAUGUCAUGGAUUUAGAGGGGAGGGUGGAUGAGAGAGGGAGAGAGCUUGAACAUUGUGUUAUUUGUGUAGCAGAUACCUCGCGUGCAUGUCUGCCUGCCUGCUGCUCGCCUUGUGUGACUUUGUGUCUUAAUUCACACGGCACUUGGUUCUCCAAACGCCCUUUGUCGUGUCUAGCACCUCACCAACGGCAACCAGUGGCCAUUCUGGAGGGGAACGCCCCAGUCGAGUCCGGCGGGGGGUCCGCGGGCGCCACCCCCGCCGUGCCACCCCUGAGUGCCAGCCCCUGGCAGAGCGAGAGCCUGCUGGCCGAGUCCUGGUCCACCAUGGGCGACGUGGACCCCGAGGACGCCAAGAGCCUGGACAGCAGCGAUGGCGGAGCUGCAGCGGAGAACCUCUCAUGCAACUCGGACAUGGUGCACCUGGAGGAGGCGGAGGAGGAGGAAGAGGGAGAGGAAGAUGAGGAGCUUCAGAGCAGUGUGUUGGACCUGCAGACUGCAGAGACUGAGGAGGCGCUCCUGAUGUCGUCGGAGGAGCCUCAGGCACAGUUCACGCAAAUGCUGCCCCCCAUGGCGUUGCCCCCGCUGCCUGUCUUCAGGCUGGAGCCGCCCUCCACUACAUCGACGCCGACGCCCUCCACCACAGCCGCCGAAGAGCCCCCAUACACAUCCCCGGGCCUCCUUCCACCCUCUUCCAUACUCUCACCGGCGGUCGCCCGGGAUGUCUCCUCGGAGGAGGGGUCCGAAGUGGGGGGCCCUGCCGAUCUGCCCGUGCUGCUGUGCGGGGGUGCCGCUUUGGUCGCAGUGGUGGGCGUGAUGGCAUACGGCGUCGUGGCCUACUGCAGAAAGUAGAAGAA